AACGACUACAAACUGAAAUGAAGUGCCCGUACUGUGCGGCGGCGCAGGGGCGGUGCGCCACCACAUCCGCCGGUAGGUUUAUUACGGAGUGCAUAUCCUGCGGCCGAGUUGUCGAAGAACGCCAGACCCAAUCUCACCAUCUCUUCCACAUCCGUGCUCAAGACUCUCCUCUCUGCCUUGUUACUUCCGACCUCCCCACACUCCCCCACUCCAUCACUGAUCAAUCCUCCACCACCGCCGUCCCUGUCUCCGAGGAAGAAGAAGAAGACCCUUUCGAGCCUACGGGAUUCAUAACCGCCUUCUCCACGUGGUCACUAGAACCCUACCCGGUCUUCGCACAAUCGUCUCUCUCAUUCGCCGGCCACUUAGCUGAACUUGAACGGGUUCUCGAAACAACGUCGUCUUCCUCGGCCUCUGGUCCGUCGGUUGUUGUCGACAACCUUAGGGCUUAUCUUCAGAUAAUCGACGUUGCUUCGCUACUAGGGUUGGAUUGCGAUAUAUCCGAUCACGCGUUUCAGCUAUUCAGGGAUUGUUCGUCAGCGACUUGUUUGAGGAAUCGGAGCGUAGAGGCACUUGCCACCGCUGCGCUUGUGCAAGCUAUUCGUGAGGCUCAAGAGCCUAGAACACUGCAGGAAAUCUCAAUUGCAGCCAAUUUACCUCAGAAAGAGAUUGGGAAGUACAUCAAGAUUCUUGGAGAAGCCUUGCAACUAAGCCAGCCAUUAAACAGCAAUUCCAUCUCGGUGCAUAUGCCUAGAUUCUGCACUCUUCUCCAGCUUAACAAAUCUGCCCAGGAGCUGGCAACUCAUAUCGGUGAAGUCGUGAUCAACAAGUGUUUCUGUACACGUAGGAAUCCCAUCAGCAUCUCCGCAGCCGCCAUAUAUUUAGCCUCUCAACUUGAAGAUAAACGCAAAACACAAGCGGAGAUUUGUAAGGUCACCGGACUCACGGAAGUCACUCUUCGUAAAGUCUACAAAGAACUAUUGGAAAACUGGGAUGAUCUUCUUCCUUCCAAUUACACACCCGCAAUACCUCCCGAAAAAGCAUUUCCCACCGCCACAAUCGCUUCAGGACGUUCUUCUUCAACAUCCAGAAUCAACGACGGUAUAGAAGCUGAAAUUAAACCCGUAGAAAGUACCAGUGACCACCCAUGGAAGUUUCCAAGUCAAAGUUCCCAAGAAAUGGAUGUAGAUUGUGGAGUUAUCAUCUCCGAAGAGUUGGAAAAGAAGCGCAGCAGCGGUGGCGGUAAUACGCGGUUUUGGCCUCCGGUGGUUUCUUCUUUUGCUACACCGGGGAGCUCUCAAGCAAAUGCUAGAUCUAUGCAAAAGCCGGAGGUGGUUUCAAGUAUCGGAGACCUUAACAGACAUGGUAAUGAUAAUCGAAGCUAAUAUCUUUUCUGCUAUGCCGAUGACCGUUUGUAGAUUAUGUUAACGUCGAUUUUAUAUUUCGGGUUCUCUUGGAUGUUUGAUUUGGAUUUUAGGAAGUGAAUGGUUGUGUUUUGUUCAAUGGUGUUUUUGUCUUUGUACAUAAAGCUCUUCUUGAAAGCUUAUUGAA